AUGGUCUCCCUUCUGCUAGAAGCUGGCGCGAGUCAGGAUGCUGUUGAUUCAUUUGGUUGGACUGCUAAGGAGAUUGCAACCUUUCGUGGCCACAUUGCUACAGCCGGUCUCUUCGAGACCUCCAGUCCCAGUAUUCGCCUACAAGACUCCGACGUGAGGAAACUAAUGCCCGUCGACUACACCAUCGCCCGCCUUGACACUGGUCAGAAAGCGAUAUUAGCUACUCUGGGCUUUUCGACUGGAAGCUGGCUCACCUUAGAAAUCCACGCACCGGGUUCGACAAAAGAGGCACAUCGAGUUCAUCUACCCAUCUUAGCCGAUGAAAGCGACGAGCAGCUCAUGUUCCCCAUUCCGGAGAAUGACGACGCGCACCUUGUGUUCAGAAUCUUUCGCAGGGAUACAGAAAGCUGUCAAGAAGAAGUCUUGUUAGGAAGUGGCAUUGCUGUCCUUGAGAGUGGUAUCUCACAUCUAGGACUAAAUCGCCAAAGCUUGGUCAGGGAGCACGUGGUCGUCGUUCUGGACAGAAGAUCAAUGCAGCCAAUGGGGACAAUCCUGUUCUCCUAUGUCAUCGCAAAGCCGUUCCCUGGUCUCUCUACAUCCAAAGACAAAGGAGGCCCAAAGACACCAGCCCCCAUUCUUGUAGGCCAUAGAGGCCUAGGGCAAAACACAGCGAGCCAGGACUAUCUCCAGAUUGGAGAGAACACAAUUCAGUCGUUCCUCUCCGCUUGGAGCGUCCUUCAUGUACAAAUCACCAGAGACUUAGAGGCCGUCAUCUACCACGACUUUUGCUUAAGCGAGUACGGCACUGAUCUCCCUAUCCAUGACAUGACUCUGGAUCAGUAUCUUGUUGCGGGUAGUAGGCAGUCACCACGAGGACCAGCUGUGUCGAUACUUGAAGGUCCGAAUGGUGAAGUCAAAAAUGAUCACUCACGACGCCGUGCUCGAUCACUUGACCUUCGAGAUGAUGUCAGCUUGGCCCAACUUCACGACCGCAUGAAGCACACCGUGGAUUUCAGAAGCAAGGGUUUCAAACCCAAUGCACGUGGGGAAUGCAUACAGGAUUCUUUUACCACACUGGAAGAGAUACUCAUCAAGUUGCCGGGGCAUAUAGGUUUCAAUAUCGAGAUAAAGUACCCACGCCUACACGAAGCAGCCGAUGCCGGUCUUCCUCCGAUCGCCAUCGAGCUAAACACCUUCAUCGACACGGCCCUGACGAAGAUCCAGCGGUUCGGCGGCACCCGUCCCAUAAUACUCUCCUCCUUCACCCCAGAAGUGUGCAUGCUCCUCGCCCUAAAGCAGCAAGCCUACCCCGUCAUGUUCAUCACGAACGCCGGGAAGCUACCAAUGACCGACUUGAACAAGAUGGCCGCUAGUGUACAGGUGGCAGUCCGCUUCGCCAGACGCUGGAAGCUCGCGGGGCUGGUGUUUGCCUGCGAGCCGAUGCUGCUGUGUCCCAGGCUCGUUCAAGUCGUCCAGGCGGCUGGGCUGAAGUGUGGAUCGUACGGGUUGCCGAACAAUGAGCCCAAGAAUGCUAAGUUGCAGGCGAAGGCCGGAGUAGACCUCCUCUUCGCUGACAGGGUCGGUCUGAUUGCGAAAGCGCUGGAAGAUGUGAAGAAAUGA